AUGGAUAGUGUCCCAAGCCAUAAUGGGCUUAAUGGAACUCAGCGAACGGGUCCAGGCAGCUUAUUUUCCACAGAGGAUUCGGAGUACACCGGGUUCCUGGACGCUCUCCAACGGCUUCGUGAACUGAACAUUCACCACGUACAUGACCUUCCUCAGAUUAUAGUUUGUGGGGAGACGUCUGUCGGCAAAAGUUCUGUUCUAGAAGCAAUCAUUCAAGUGCCAUUCCGCCGAAGACAUGGAAUUUGCACGAGGUACGUCACGCAAGUGACAAUUCAGCCGAAAUCGCCCAAGUCCAUCACCUUUCGCAUCGAGCCCGACGCCACUCGACCGGAGCAUGAGAUCGCUAGUUUGAAAGCCUUCCCGCAGUUUGGUGACGGACCGAAUUCUGCCGACGACAUCGUCCAAAUGAUGGAGAUGGCGGACCGGGAAAUAUUCUCCGGUAGCCGAGAGAGAAGCGAUAUUGCAAAUGAUGUGUUGGUUAUUGAUAUUUGGGCGGAAACAGGGACACACCUCACGCUUUUUGACCUGCCUGGACUCAUAGCCAAUGACGAAUCGGGUGCUAUCGAGGCAACCGAGCACUUGGUCUCCAACUACAUGGCCAUGAAGCAGUCUAUCAUCCUCGCCGUGGUGUCGGCCACGCAGCACGUUAUAAAUGCCAAAAUUCUGCAGCGGGUCAGAGAGCACGAUCCAGACUGGGAGCGCACACUUGGGGUUUUAACAAGACCAGAUGUUGCCGAAAACACGGGCAAGCACGACUGGAUCAAGGUUAUACAGGGGACCCAUGAGAUAUUUCAAUUCUCUGGUAGAUGGCAUGUCAUUCGAAAUCGGACAACAGAAGAACUCGACAAUAAUACAUUAAUGAACGAGCGCGACAGACUGGAAAACGAGUUAUUAUUCCAACCACCAUGGAACACGGUGGAUGCGGAGUUUUUGGGUAUUCAAAGGCUCCGCGAUCGACUCCGCUCAAAGCUGUGGAUGGCAACAAAAAGAGAGCUACCUCACCUUCGGGACAAGCUCAAGACCAAAUUAGUUGAAGUGACAGAAGACCUCCACGAUUUACUUGGGAAUCAGUUCGAAGAUGACGAUUUAAUGCGUGUCUUCCGAUCAGCGGCGAUGCGGUUGCAGAAUGUCACCCGUGAUCUUGAACGUGGCAUUUACAAGAGCAACAUUCCGGGCUUUGCCCUCAACCCAGCCAUUCCCUUACGAGCCCGCAUUGCUGAGCUGGACGACAUCUUCUGCGAUAACAUGCGCAAGCGUGGUCACGCCUGGAGGACACCGAGUGAACUCUUGCCUGCCGACUCAUCGGAAGGCGAUCCAGUCUUGGCUCCUGGGCCGAUCACUGCCAAUGCGACGGACAGUGGGGGGUUGCCAGAGCCAAGGGACGUCAAAGACCUUGAGACGGAAAUUUCAAAUGUCGUUAGGAUGUUGCAUGAGACUCGUGGCACUAGUCUGCCGACAUUCUUUGACCCAGAUCGUAUAAACGAACUUUUCUGGAGCAUGUCCGCGCCGUGGAAUAAGAUAGCUCACGCUCACACUAUGAACGUAUAUCGGUGUUGCAUGGAAUAUUUCAAAGCCGUCACCCCGAUUGCAUUUGCACCCAGUCAUGAUCGACUCAAGACCGAGGGGUUCAGAAAUUCUACCAAGGUAGCAAAGAGGUUUGUUAGAAUGUACGUCAUUCCGGAGCUAGACAGAUGCCUCGGGGAGGCAGAAGAAGAGCUACAAAGGCUAGAGAAUGACAGGAAAGACUUUACAAAGAAUGGCACUUUGCAGUUUUUGAAGAACCAAAGGCGUCAUCGGCAUGGCCGUGAGUUUCGCCGAGUCAUGCGAGCAAUGAAUGGCGGCCAAGAUUGGACCUCUGGCGACGGUGGUGAAGAUCGCCUAGACCAGACUACGUAUGCGCAACGUGCCCAGAAUUAUACUCCAGCACAGACGGAUGGAGUUGUGGCAGAGGACUUUUUAGCGGCGAUGCUGUCGCACUACGUGAUCGAUCGAGAUGUAUACAUUAUGAACGUCCUGAAGCAAGUUGAAGAGCGCCAUUUCCUACGCCACCUGGCGACGAUUGUUCCACUGCACCUCGACAUCAAUAGGGUCAAAGCAUUCGUCCUGGAGAACCGGAUUAACGAACAGAAGAGGAAACGACUUGAAAGUGAGCUGAAUAAUUAUAAAACUUCUCUGUCACUACUUGAAGAAUUAUUGGAUUAG